GUGUCAGUCCCGUUCUUCAGCAGUAAAGACAAGCUUAAAAGCAAUGGCUGCGAACGUCACGUGCGCUUCCAAGGCGCUUCUUCUGGUGGCAAUUUGUUUCGUUGUUGCGUGCAGAAGCGCGAGUGCCGGCGGCCAGCACGCCUGCCCCUACCCUCAAGCGUGUUACAGGCCUGGCGCGCCCGACCCGGACCACGUCCUGACUGCGACCGCCCAGUUUGACCGGCGCACGGGGCGAUGCGUGACCAUUCGGCCAGUGACCGGACCCCACUUCUGUCACAAGUUCGCGACCUUGGCAGCCUGCCGAGCGGCCUGCGAGUCUUCCGACUGAGAGUGAGGAACACCCACUCUGCGGACGGACGUAGUCGAGUGAUAAUAAAAAGAAGAAAAAAAAACGCA